AUGGCGCGUUGCCCGUACUUGAAUUCUGUGCCGGCGGCGCUUUUGUUGCCGGGCCUGCUGUUGGUGGUGGUCCUGGUGACAGAGGCCGACACGUCGCAUCAUCACCACCGCCACCUCGGCUUCGACGAAGCCUCCCUCUACGGCUUCGACGAUUUCCCGCCCGAGUCGCGCUUCCACAAAACCAACAACAACUACCACCAAGCCCCUAAUCACGUCAAUGGCGUCCACGACACGUAUUCAACACACAAUACCGGGCUCAACUUCAGUUGGCCUGUUAAGAGAGUGGCUCACAAGAAGGGUGAGGUCAUGUUGGGUGCUUUGAUGAUGGUCCAUGAGCGGCAUGCCAACUGGACGUGCGGGCCCAUCAUGCCACAAGGAGGAAUUCAGGCUCUUGAAUGCAUGCUCUUCACCAUUGACUAUGUAAAUCGUCAGGAGUGGAUGCCUUCGAACGUUAGCUUUGGAUACUAUAUACUCGACGACUGUGACUCCGAUACGUACGGCUUAGAACAGGCUGUCGACUUUAUCAAAGGAUCCAUCGGUCGGCUCCACGACAACGAUGACCGAAUCACAUGUUCUCAAAAGUCUUCCGCGCGAGGUUCAUCGAAUAGCCGACCUUCAAGUCCGGCGACAGUCGACGUCAUAUCGGGAGUUUUGGGUGCGGCGUCUUCCGUCACAUCUAUACAGGUGGCAAACCUUCUGCGUCUGUUCCGCAUCCCACAAAUAUCAUUCUUCUCUACAAGCCCAGAACUUUCCAAUAAACAGCGAUUUGAGUAUUUUCUUCGGACGGUACCCUCCGACCGUGAUCAGGCUGCCGCAAUGGUGGAAUUGGUGAAACUUCUAAGAUGGACCUACAUUUCAAUCGUUUACGAGGAAUCAAACUAUGGGAUCCAGGCAUUCUCUGUUCUCGAAAGUCUCCUGGGUCAACAAGGUAUCUGCAUUGCGGCCAAAGAAAAAUUGACGAAGGAUUCGGGCCAAGCAAAUGAUAAGGCAUAUGACUACAUCGUCGAUAAGCUCAAGGCUAAAUCUCGGGCUCGCGGAGUGAUCGUAUUCGGAUCAGACCAAGAGGUCGCGCACCUGAUGAGCGCAGUGGCUCGUGGUAAUGCUACCGGAAUGUUCUCCUGGAUCGGGAGCGACGGCUGGAGCGCACGCUCGCUCGUAUCCGACGGCCACGAGGCGCAGGUCGAAGGGACGAUCUCAGUCCAACCGAUGGCACAUCCCAUUCCGGAAUUCGAAAGCUAUUUCCGAAACUUAACAGCUCAAGGAAACAAGCGGAAUCCCUGGUUCAUAGAAUACUGGGAGUAUACAUUCAAAUGUCGAUGGCCAAAUGAAACGAUAACUCCGUACAACCAAGCUUACAACCGGACCUGUUCGGGUCACGAGAAGUUGUCAGACAACACGCAAACAGGAGGUUUCGAACUCGAGCGUCAACUGCAAUUCGUCUCGGAUGCCGUUCUGGCUUUCGCCUACGCGGUCCGAGACAUGCACCAACAACUCUGUCCCGGAUUUUCGGGUCUGUGUCGCAAAAUGAAGCCGAUCGAGGGCUCUCAAUUGCUCAGCUAUUUGAAACGCGUCACGUUUGACGGACUGACUUCGGACGAAUUCCGUUUUGCCGAGAACACUCUCGACGGCCCAUCUCGCUACAAUAUUCUGCAUUUCAAGCAAACCAAGCCCGGAACCUACGAUUGGGUCAAGAUAGGGGAAUACCGUGACGGUCAGCUGACGCUGAAUCAGACUGAACUACAAUUCAGACUCGAGGAAAGAAACACUUCUGCGGAAGAUGGUUCUAUAUUGACAGGAACAACGCCAUCACCGCCCAUUUCAGUGUGCUCAUUACCUUGCGAAAGAGGUUCAGCGAAAAAAUUCCUCGAGGGCGAGAAAUGCUGCUGGCAAUGCAUGCCCUGCCAAAAGUAUGAAGUUUUACGGACAGAAACCGAAUGUGUGGAAUGCGCCCGAGGAACUCUGCCCGAUGAAGACCACCAGGUUUGCUUGGAGAUUCCAGCUCAACAUGUCAAUCCGCAUUCGAGUUGGGCAACCGGGGCCAUGGCCUUCGCAUCGGCCGGCUCUAUUCUGACUCUCUGCGUCAUCUACGUGUUUGUGAAGUACAGAGACACGCCCGUGGUUCGAGCUUCGGGACGCGAGCUGAGCGCAGUUCUCCUGCUGGGGAUUCUCUUCUGUUACUGCGUCACCUUCGUGCUCGUUCAGAAGCCGACAGACCUUUUCUGUGGUUUGCAACGAACGGGCGUGGGACUCAGCUUCACGAUCGUCUACGCGGCCAUUCUCACCAAGAGUAACAGAAUCGCACGAAUAUUCCGUGCAGGGAAACGAACCAGCCGAAGACCGUCGUUCAUUUCUCCAAAAUCUCAGCUAAUCAUCUGCGGAAUUCUCGUCUGCAUCCAGGUGCUCGUAACUGCAGUUUGGCUACUAUUCAGUCCACCGAAGGCUGUGAAACACUACCCCACGCGUGAGCAGAGCCAACUUCUCUGCCAAGCAAGCCUCGGCUCGUCGUACGUCGUCUCGUUCGCCUACCCCGUGAUGCUGGUUUGCGUGUGCACAGCGUACGCGGUCAUCACACGAAAAAUACCUGAAGCCUUCAACGAAUCCAAGUAUAUCGGCUUCACCAUGUAUACGACGUGCAUUAUUUGGCUGUCAUUCAUUCCUCUCUACCUCACGACAUCGUCCCAGCUGGCGAUAGGGGUGACUGUGAUGUGUGUUUCAAUCUCGUUGUCAGCGACAGUAACCCUGGUGUGCAUGUUCGCACCCAAACUGUGUAUCAUCCUUCUGCAUCCCGAGAAGAACGUCCGUCAGCCCGUCGGAAUGAUUCAGAACAAUCGUUACGGAGCUCUGAGGUCGAUGCAGAGACGCCACGUCGAAUGUGCGACGCAGUCCGACGAUCUCGAACUCGGGGUCACAGUUAUGGCGAAGUCGGCGGUUUCGCUGGCCUCGAGUUGUGCCGCCACUCAAACGGAGGAAGAAGGCGAGGAAGCCGAAGAGACGGAUCGUCUUUGGAGACAGAACGGAAUCGGUGGUGACGUUCAGUUAUGAUCUCUCCAGCCAUAGUUCACGGCUGUACUUCUUGUUUCAUUGCCGAUCCAAUCCAGAGCGGGAGCGGGUGAGGAAAAGUCCUCCCUCGACUUUCCCCUCCGAACGCUGGAUAGGGGACUUGCGUCA